CUUUUACCUGGACUGACCUCAGACUCAGCGUCCCUGACAUGUUUUCAGAUUCCCUUUGCUGAAGGUUUUCUGGCUUUCUGUGAACUCAGAAAACCUUUAAUCGCCUUCCUUUGAAUUCCAGACAUCAUAUUAGUUUCGGAACGGUGGCGGGGUGAAAUCGCUCACACUCAGGGAUCAAUAAACAGGCAGAAACAAUGUGAGGGGGAAACAAGAGAGCUGCUGAACACAUUUAACAAGUUGUGCCGCAGCAGGCCGACUCAUUUCAUGAUUAAGGAUCGAUGCCAGGCCCCGGAGCGAACAGAAGAAACCCUGAGAACAACCUGAGCACAUCAGCAGGCAGGGCUUCAUCUGACUGACUGAGAAAACCCCGUCUGCUGAGGAGGACAGCAAGAUGUGUUUGAAAGCUCCAGACAAAGCCAUGAUCUUACGGCUCAUGUGGAAGUCUGUGGACAAGAUGAGGUGUUUCAGGAAACGAUCCAUGUUGCCCUUCCUUGGCUUCCUCAUCAUCUUCCUCCUCUUCUUCAACCUGUACAUGGAUGAUGGAUACGUGCUGGAGGCAGAGAAAAGGCAGCUGGGAGAGACACUGAUGCAUCCUGUGAACUCUGAGAGAUACGUCCACACAUUCAGAGAUCUGUCCAACUUCUCUGGGACUAUUAAUGUGACAUAUCGCUACCUCGCAGGAAUUCCUCUGCCACGUAAAAAGUAUCUCACCAUCGGUCUGUCGUCUGUCAAGAGGAAAAAGGGGAACUACCUUCUGGAGACGAUCAAAUCCAUCUUUGAUCAGUCCAGUUACGAUGAGCUCAAAGAGAUCGUGGUCGUGGUCCACCUGGCAGACUUUGACCUGGUCUGGUGUGAGAACCUGGUGCAGGAAAUCACCAGGAAGUUUGCCCACCACAUCAUAGCUGGACGCCUCCUGGUGAUCCAGGCUCCAGAGGAGUACUAUCCAUCUCUGGAUGGCUUGAAAAGGAACUACAACGACCCGGAGGACCGGGUCCGUUUCCGCUCCAAGCAGAAUGUGGACUACGCUUUCCUCCUCAACUUCUGCACCAACCUCUCCCACUUCUACAUGAUGUUGGAGGACGAUGUGCGCUGCUCCAGGAACUUCCUGACGGCGCUGAAGAAGGUGAUCACCUCCAGAGAAGGUUCCUACUGGGUGAUGCUGGAGUUCUCCAAGCUGGGCUACAUCGGGAAGCUGUACCACUCCAGAGACCUGCCACGACUGGCUCAUUUCCUCCUCAUGUUCUACCAGGAAAUGCCCUGCGACUGGCUCCUCAUCCACUUCAGGGGUCUGCUGGCCCAGAAGGACGUGAUCCGCUUCAAGCCCUCGCUGUUCCAGCACAUGGGCUACUACUCCUCCUACAAAGGAGCGGAAAACAAGCUAAAGGACGACGACUUUGAGGAAGACUCCAUAGACAUUCCUGACAACCCUCCUGCCAGCCUUUACACAAACAUCAACGUCUUUGAGAACUAUGACGCCACCAAGGCUUACAGCACCGUUGAUGAAUAUUUCUGGGGGAAGCCUCCGUGCACCGGCGACUUCUUCGUCAUCAUCUUUAACAAAUCAACUAAAAUCAGCAGGAUUAAGAUUGUGACGGGAACAGAGGACAGACAGAACGACAUCCUUCACCACGGAGCGCUGGAGGUCGGACAAAAGUCUGUGGACACUAAACAGGGACGCCAGUGCACGUCCUACAUCACAUUAGGAGAGUUUAAAGGCGGGAGCAUCGAGGUCAACAACGUGGACCACAAGAUCGGCUUCGACAUCGAGUGCGUGCGAGUUGUCGUCACUGCCAGUCAGAAAGAAUGGCUCAUCAUAAGGACGAUCAGUUUAUGGACCACACAGCCUGUGAGUCAGUUUAUAAAGUAACAUUUUUAAAUAAUCAUCUGUACGUACUGUUUUGGAUUUCUGAAGUUCAUUUUGGACAAAUUCUAGGAAACACUUGUUUCUGGGAUUCAAAGCAAUCCAUAUUUUCUUGGGUUGUUUAGAGACUUGCUGUAAGUUUCAGUGUGACGGAUUAAAACCAUAAUUCUGUACAGUACGGAGCCUUUAUACGUUUGUUCCUUUUCCUAAGUCUGUGUAUAAAACUGUUCACACAUGGCUGCUUUCUUGUUUUGUCUUUACCUUAAAGGCCUUCACAGAAUCUAAA